ACAACACCCACCCAUAUGCCGUUUUCACCGCAAGCCCGAGGGACUCAGGCCUGUGGGUCCGCUAGUGCCUGGGUGCUGAGCGCGACCCUCCACGCGCGUCACAGCCACGGAAGCUCCCGGCGCAGGCUGAGCUCAGGAAAACGCCACGCGAGCCUGUCCUCACCGCCUGCGUCGGACACGCGUCGCGCCCCACACUCGAGCCCAGGGGAGAACCUCUAUCAUUCGCCACUCAAGCACCAACUGCCGGUAGGGGAACAGGCGCACCUGCGCGGUGACGUCACGGCGCGUCGUGCGCCGGGUCAAAGUUCGGCCCCGCCCCGCUUCCGCUCGCUGUCUCCCCUAGGCCUGCGCCGCCGCUGCUCGUGGCCCGGCUCCGCUCGCAGUGCGCCGCCGCCAUCCUCUCCGAGCGCUGCCUCGCAGGCCGCCAUGGCGAACGUGGCCGACACGAAGCUGUACGACAUCCUGGGUGUCCCGCCCGGCGCCAGCGAGAACGAGCUGAAGAAGGCAUACAGAAAGUUAGCCAAGGAGUAUCAUCCUGAUAAGAAUCCAAAUGCUGGAGACAAAUUUAAAGAAAUAAGUUUUGCAUAUGAAGUAUUGUCAAAUCCAGAGAAACGCGAGUUAUAUGACAGAUAUGGAGAACAAGGUCUUCGGGAAGGUAGCGGUGGAGGUGGCGGCAUGGAUGAUAUUUUCUCUCACAUUUUUGGUGGAGGAUUAUUUGGCUUUAUGGGCAAUCAGAGUAGAAGUCGAAACGGCAGGAGAAGAGGCGAAGACAUGAUGCAUCCACUCAAAGUAUCCUUAGAAGAUCUGUAUAAUGGCAAAACAACCAAACUACAACUUAGCAAGAAUGUACUCUGUAGUGCAUGCAGUGGUCAAGGUGGAAAAUCUGGAGCUGUCCAGAAAUGUAGUGCUUGCCGAGGUCGAGGUGUUCGCAUUAUGAUCAGACAACUGGCUCCAGGAAUGGUGCAGCAGAUGCAGUCUGUAUGCUCUGACUGUAAUGGAGAAGGAGAGGUAAUUAAUGAAAAGGACCGCUGUAAAAAAUGUGAAGGGAAGAAGGUGAUUAAAGAAGUCAAGAUUCUUGAAGUUCAUGUAGACAAAGGCAUGAAACAUGGACAGAGAAUUACAUUCACUGGGGAGGCAGACCAGGCCCCAGGAGUGGAGCCAGGAGACAUUGUUCUUUUGCUGCAGGAGAAAGAACAUGAGGUGUUCCAGAGAGAUGGGAAUGAUUUGCACAUGACUUACAAGAUAGGACUUGUUGAAGCUCUAUGUGGAUUUCAGUUCACUUUUAAGCACCUUGAUGGCCGUCAGAUUGUGGUGAAAUACCCCCCUGGCAAAGUAAUUGAACCAGGAUGUGUUCGUGUAGUCCGAGGUGAAGGAAUGCCUCAGUAUCGUAAUCCUUUUGAAAAAGGUGAUCUGUACAUAAAGUUUGAUGUGCAGUUUCCUGAAAACAACUGGAUCAACCCAGAUAAGCUUUCUGAGUUAGAAGAUCUUCUGCCAUCUAGACCAGAGGUUCCUAACAUAAUUGGAGAAACCGAGGAGGUAGAGCUUCAGGAGUUUGACAGCACUCGAGGCUCUGGAGGUGGUCAGAGGCGGGAAGCCUAUAAUGAUAGCUCUGAUGAAGAGAGCAGCAGCCAUCACGGGCCUGGGGUGCAGUGUGCCCACCAGUAAACUCUGCAGGCAAAUUGCACAGGUGGAUUUUCUUUCCAUGUUUGCCUGAUUUGUUCUCAGCAAUCCAGCUGGAGUGUGAUCGAUCCAGAUGAACUGAUGGACAUCUGUUGGUCUCUGUGUAACUUUUAAAAUUGGUAUAGUAUCUUACAGAGUGUAUAAUUUAAACUAACCACAAAGCUUUACAUCUUCAUUUUGACCUUUCUGUAGCAGAAUAAAGCACUCGAAAGGAAACAAGACUCCCUUUCACACCUGGGUUCUAAGUUUCAGUCCUGGUAUCUGUGCUUGAUUUUUAUCAGUUUCGUGCAGAUUUUAUGUUUAUUUUAAAUUCAGACCCCACAUUGUAAAGUUUGUACAAUUUGCCCUGAAGCUUUGUGUUUGGCUGCACCUGCAUAAGCUGCUACAAAUAGAAUAAAGAAUCUCAUAGCCUGUAUCUAUCAUUUAGAUGCAUGGAAAAAUGGGCUUUGCACACAAUGGGUUUGGAGCUGAGUGGGAACAAUUGAAAAAUUACAUUAGCAAUGGUUGUAAAGUUUUUUUUUUUUUUAACCAUCUUGUGAAAGGUGUCCGAAACUCGAUAAUAAAAAGCAGUUGGUGUAAAUUAUUCUUUGUGUCACAUUUUUAGAAGGAAGAACAUAGUUUGAACUAUAAAAUGUAUUCUCAAACUAAAGAACAUUUUGCUUAGUUCUGGUUUUUAAACAGCCCAUAGAAACCCAUUGGCCUAAAGCAUAUACUGUAGGCACCUGCCCAUUUGUAGUCUAAAAGAUAAAAAUUGGUAGAAACAGGAUUUAUUGACUUCAGUGAUACUUUGUGGAGUCAAGGACAUCUGAGUUCUAUGUUAGGAUCCUGAACACUGGGGCUAGCCCAGGCCUCUAUCCAUCUCCCUUUUUAAAAUAAGGUGAUAGUGAAUCCAUAGUAGAACCAUGUUUGCAUAGAACCCGUUAAAUUGCUCUGUUUUCAUUAAAUGUUAAGUUAAAAGAUGCUCUGUCUCUAUUAAGGUGAAUAUUUGAAAUUGGGGGAAGCAUUUGACUAUUCGAUUUUCUAUGUUUUAUAGAAAAGUAAGACACAGGCUGGUAUGAGAAAAAUUAGGUAAAACUUUGAAAAGGUGUUAUUCCUCUCCAUUUGAUUAUUACCUUUUUACUCCCAGAGUAGAUAUGUUUUAAGCAUGCUUAUUUGAGGGAAAAGAAACAUCAGGUGCACCUUUUACAUUUGUAAAGCAACAUGGAGAAAACAAAAACUAAAAUUUUAGAAUGGAUUAUGCCAUCGUGGUCCUAAAUACAGUACGUAAUUUUUUUUUCUGGGUCUUUCAGAAUCUUGAUGAGAAAAAGUGCCCUGACAUUAAUCAAGGCCUGUGAGGUUUAAAUUAUUGCCCUCUUUUACUCUACCUCCAUUGUACAAAAAACACUUUGCAACAAGCCUGGACAAGAUUCAACAGCAUAGUAGUUUUGUAUUCAAGGUUAUUUCCCCACAACACUUUAAGCAUAAGAAAUGUAGUGGCAAUAUAAAGUUUGUAGCCUUUCCAAUAAAGGUUUAUAAAACA